AUCGCCUGCUUCGCUACCGGAAGACUUGUGUGCGGCUCAGCCGGCGUGACUUUCAGCCUGACACCUCUUACUGCACAGCACCGGGGAUUUCAUAGGUUCAGACCCCCAAAUACACCCGAACUGAGUGUUAAAAUGCGGCUACUGAAAGCAGGUCUCACUUUAAAACGUCUCAAUCUACAGAAUCCAGCUAAUGGGACGGUGAAGCAGGUGGUGAUGAACAUUUGCAGGCCAUGUUCAUCUGGAAUUACUCCAAACGAACGCAUCCGCAACAUUGGCAUCUCUGCACACAUUGACUCCGGCAAGACGACCCUAACGGAGCGUGUGCUCUAUUACACUGGUAGAAUAACGGAGAUGCACGAGGUAAGAGGCAAAGAUGGAGUCGGUGCUGUUAUGGACUCUAUGGAGCUGGAGAGGCAGCGAGGGAUCACCAUCCAAUCUGCAGCCACGUACACAAUGUGGAAGGAGCACAACAUCAACAUCAUCGACACACCAGGCCAUGUCGACUUUACCAUCGAGGUGGAGAGGGCGCUGCGGGUUCUGGAUGGGGCUGUGCUGGUCCUGUGUGCUGUCGGGGGAGUGCAGUGUCAGACCAUGACUGUCAACAGGCAGAUGAAGCGCUACAAUGUGCCCUUCCUCACCUUCAUCAACAAGCUGGACCGCAUGGGUGCAAACCCUUAUCGAGCACUGAAGCAGCUCAGAACCAAGCUGAAUUGUAACGCAGCAUUUGUCAACAUCCCCAUCGGGCUAGAAGGAGACCUGAAAGGAAUCAUUGAUCUCAUUGAGGAACGCAGCAUCUAUUUCGAAGGUCCUUGUGGCCAGAACAUUCGCUUUGAUGAGAUCCCAGCCGAGAUGAGGGUGGAGGCGGCCGAGCGAAGGCAAGAGCUGGUGGAGUGUGUAGCGAAUGCUGAUGAAACGCUGGGAGAGCUCUUUCUGGAAGAGAGACUUCCUACUGUUGGUGACCUAAAGGCGGCUGUGCGCAGGGCCACUAUCCAGCGCGUCUUCUCUCCGGUUCUGGUAGGUAGCGCUUUAAAAAACAAAGGUGUUCAGCCCCUGCUGGACGCUGUGCUUGAUUACCUGCCAAACCCCAGCGAGGUCAACAACUACGCCAUCCUCAAUGACGAGGAAUCGAGUAAAAACUCGAAAAUCCUGAUGGAUUCAACCAGAGAUGCUACGAAAUCUUUUGUGGGUUUGGCCUUUAAAUUAGAGGCUGGGCGUUUUGGCCAGCUGACCUAUGUGCGUGUAUAUCAGGGCUGUCUGAAGAAGGGCGAGUACAUUUACAACACGCGCACAGCCAAGAGGGUGCGUGUGCAGAGGCUGGUGCACCUCCAUGCAGACCAGAUGGAGGAUAUAGAUGAAGUGUAUUCGGGGGAUAUCUGCGCCCUGUUUGGGAUUGACUGCGCCAGUGGAGACACCUUUACAUCUCGAACAAGCGCCAACCUCUCGAUGGAGUCCAUCCAUAUCCCUGAGCCAGUCAUUUCGAUGGCUAUAAAACCAGUCAAUAAGAAUGACACAGACAAGUUCUCCAAAGGCAUUAACCGCUUCACUAGAGACCCCACUUUCAGGGUUCAUUUUGACACCGAGAGCAAGGAAACAAUCAUCUCAGGAAUGGGAGAGUUGCAUCUGGAGAUCUAUUCCCAGAGAAUGGAAAGGGAGUAUAACUGUCCAUGCGUGAUGGGGAAACCUAAAGUGGCCUUUAGGGAGACAGUGACCAGCCCUGUGCCGUUUGAUUUCACUCACAAGAAGCAGUCAGGAGGGUCUGGGCAGUACGGUAAAGUGGUGGGAGUACUGGAACCUUUGGAUGCAGAAAAUUACACCAAAGUUGAAUUCGAAGACCAGACCGUCGGCACCAACGUACCCAAACAGUUUGUACCUGCUGUUGAGAAGGGUUUCAAGGAGGCAUGCGAGAAGGGGCCUUUGACAGGGCAUAAGGUAUCCGGUGUGCGAUUCGUAUUGGACGACGGAGCGAAUCACAUGGUCGACUCCAACGAGAUCUCAUUUAUCCGAGCAGGAGAGGGCGCUAUGAAACAGGCAAUGGAAAAAGCUAAUGUGGUGAUUCUCGAGCCAAUCAUGUCUGUGGAAAUCGUGGCACCCAACGAAUUCCAGGGAACCAUCAUCGCCGGGGUCAACCGACGCCAUGGCGUCAUCACCGGCCAAGACGGUUCUGAUGGCUACUUCACCCUGUAUGCUGAUAUUCCUCUCAACGACAUGUUUGGUUAUUCUACCGAGUUGCGUUCUUGCACUGAGGGGAAAGGAGAGUACACUAUGGAGUACAGCAGAUAUCAACCUUGUCUGCCUCCUGUUCAAGAGGACCUUGUUAAUAAGUACCUGGAGGCAACAGGACAGUUGCCUGCAAAGAAGGGCAAAUGGAAGAAUUAAGCAAAUAUUCACACACAGUUUCCCUCUCAUUAGUUGGUCAAUUAUGUAAUUUAUAAAUAUACAAUUUUAAUUUGUACAUACUCCACAGAGCCGUGCUUUUAUGCACAUGGUGUGGACUUGGAGGAUGGCUUUGAGGGUGUAUGCUGGAUUGUUUUGUACUGUGUACAACAUGGAGUAUAAUAAUAAAAAAGGAAAUCGA